AUGGAGUGGUUACCUGCAUUAGAAAAUGCCUCUGAUUAUUGGGAUAGCAACUUCCCAAUCAUCAACUCUCUUUGUCUAGAAGACACUUCUUUCCAAACUCCAGCUCCUCUCUCAAACAACGCAACACUGAACUUAUCUCUUUCAUUAGAGCCCCGUUCAAUAUCUUCCUCUGAAUUUGAUGAAUCCCCAGCGCAUUCAUCGACAGAAGAAAUGCCGAAAAGACCAGAAUUAUAUGAAAUGAAUGAAAUUGAAAAUCUUUCUAAAAGUAACCUUAGCCUGAAUUCAAAUUUAGCCAAAAAUAAUGUCCAAUUUUCAUUACUAAAGAGCAAGAAAAACGCAGAUUUAUUAGAGAAAAAAUUAAACUGAUCAAAAGAAGAAGACAGCUUGAUUUUUGAGUUAUAUAGUAAGUACGGAGGAAAUUGGAAAAAAAUAGCCACUUUCUUGCCAGGUAGGGUCCCUGUUGCUAUAAAAAACCGAUUUUACGGAACUUUAAAAAGAAGGAAAAAUUCCCCGUUGAAAACAGAAAUGGAUGGAAAUAAAAACAGGGGAAAAUCUAUAUUUGAGUCAAACGAGCCGAUUCUAUAUAAGGGUGCAUCUUGAAAUGAAGAGGAAAUUAUUGAGUCGUUUCUUAUGGAUCCUCAUCAAAUUAGUAAUAAUCUUUCUCCAGUUAAGGAGCUUGAGGCUAAUGUUGAAGGAAUUAAUUUAGCGGAAAAGAAGCGUGAAGAGCUAAGUGCAGAAGGAAAAAGGCAAAAAUUAAUGGAAUUGUAUAAUAAAAUAUCAACGCUGGAAACAUAUAUAUCACACACAAAAAAGCAGAUUGAGACAAUUGAAGUCAAAGUGAAAGCAAGCGGCUAUUCUUAG